AUGAAGGCUGUGGAGUCCCCACCCCCUGCCAAGUGUGGGGAGGGAACUCCGGCCUACACCGCAGGGGCAGUGGACACCUCGGACGACAGCUUGGAGGGCAAACCCCUGAUGUACCUUUCUGUUUCAGGCACAAUCUUGGUAGACAGCAUGUUGAUCAAAGGAACAGCAGGAGGAUCUGAUCCCACUAUUGAACUCACGUUAAAAGAUAACACAGAUUACUGGGUCAUUUUAGAUCCCAUCAACCAGAGACUUUAUCUUAACAGCACUGGACGAAUUCUGGACAGAGAUCUACCAGCAUCCAUUCAAUCUAUUGUAGUCCAAGUCCAGUGCAUUAAUCGAAAAGUAGGAACUAUUAUCAAUCAUGAAGUUCGGAUCGUGGUGAGGGAUAGAAACGAUAAUUCUCCCAAAUUCCAGCAAGAACAGUACUAUGUCACAGUGAAUGAGUUAACACCAGUUGGAACCACCAUCUUCACUGGAUUCUCUGGGAACAAAGGCGCCACAGAUAUAGAUGAUGGACCCAAUGGCCAGAUAGAGUAUGUCAUCCAAUACAAUCCCAGCGAUCCAACAUCAAAUAGGACUUUUGACAUCCCUCUGACAUUGUCUGGAGCAAUAGUUUUGCGUGAGAGAUUAAAUUAUGAAGAAAAGUCGCGUUAUUUUGUCAUUGUCCAAGCAAAUGAUCGAGCUCAAAAUCUGGUGGAACGAAGAACAAGCACAGCCACCCUCACUGUUGAUGUCCUUGAUGGGGAUGACCUUGGACCAAUGUUCCUUCCAUGUAUAUUAGUUUUUAACACUCGGGACUGCCGGCCACUCACUUAUCAAGCUAGUUUGCCAGAACUCACUGACCCUGCACGGGUAAACCCAAUCAAUGUUACACCACCAAUACAAGCUAUAGAUCAGGAUCGCAACAUCCAGCCUGCUUCUGAUCGCCCAGGGAUACUCUAUUCCAUCUUAGUUGGGACUCCUGAAGAUUAUUCCCAAUAUUUCAGUAUGAAUGCUACCACUGCUAAACUCAGCCUUCUAAAACCAAUAAACAGGGAUUUUCAUCAGAAAUUUGAUUUAGUUAUUAAGGCUGAACAAGACAAUGGUCAUCCUCUUCCAGCCUUUGCUAAUCUGCAUAUUGAAGUUUUAGAUGAAAACAAUCAGAAACCUUUCUUCACCAAAUCAACAUAUGAAGGCUUUAUUUCAGAAUCUUCCCCUGUUGGUACAACUAUUUCUGAUAACCAGAACUUGACAUCUCCACUGCAUAUCAUAGCUUUAGAUAAUGAUGUUGAAGAGACAAAGGACCCACUGCUCCAUCUGUUUCUAAAUGAUUACAAUACAUUUUUCACCGUGACUAAGAAUGGAAUAGCCCGUUACCUCACCUUACUUCAGCCAGUUGACAGAGAAUUUCAGCAGUUGUACACAUUUUCGAUUACAGCUUCCGAUGGAGUACAAGAAAGUUUGCCAGUCACAGUCAAUAUUUUUGUGCUUGAUGCAAAUGAUAAUUCUCCAACUUUCUCAAACAUAUCAUAUAAUGUCAAGAUCUACACAGACAUGAGGCCUGGAGAAAGCGUUAUCAAGCUUACUGCUAUGGAUGUAGAUGAAGGUCCAAAUGGACAGAUUAGAUAUGAAAUCUUGGCUGGUGACCAGGGAGACUUCACAAUCAACGAUAAGACAGGCCUUAUCACCAUUGCACCAGGAAUUACAUUGGUAGUAGGUCGGUCCUACACCCUCACUAUCAAAGCAUCUGACUGGGCACCAUUGGCACAGAAAAGGAGUUCCAUCACUACUGUUUACAUUGAGGUACUUCCUCCUAACAAUCAAAGUCCACCCCGCUUCCUUCAACAGAUGUACAGCCUUGAACUCAGUGAGGCCAUGCGAAUUGGUGCCAUUUUGCUAAAUUUGCAGGCAACUGAUCGGGAAGGUGACCCUAUAAAAUACAUCAUACAAAAUGGAGAUCCCCAACAAGUAUUUAAUCUUUCAGAAAAAUCCGGGCUGCUAGCCUUAGGAAAGCCUUUAGACCGAGAAAGCACUGAUCGCUACAUUUUGAUUGUUACAGCCUCAGAUGGCCAACCAGAUGGGACCUCAACUGCUACAGUGAAUGUGGUUGUAACAGAUGUAAAUGAUAAUGGGCCGGUCUUUGAUCCCUUUCUUCCAAAAAAUUUUACAAUACAAGAAGAAGAAACCAAUGCGUUUGUGGGUCAAGUGAGGGCUACUGACCCAGAUGCUGGAGUAAAUGGCCAAGUCCAUUACAGUUUAGCAAACUUUAAUAAUGUUUUCCGCAUAACAUCCAAUGGUAGUAUUUACACGUCAGUGAAACUAAACAGAGAAAAAAAAGAUUAUUAUGAACUCAUUGCUGAAGUAACAGAUGGAGCUGUGGAUGCACGUCGUACAACAUUAACUCUGGGAAUCAGAGUCCUGGAUAUUGAUGACAACAGUCCUGUGUUCACAAACACCUCCUAUACUGUUUCAAUUCCCGAAAGCCUGGCCCCAGGCACAGUAAUCCUUCAUUUAGAGGCUAAGGAUGUUGACCUUGGUUCCAAUAUUACCUAUGGAAUACGAAGUCAGGAACCACUCCAGUUUUUUGCACUGAACAAAUUUACAGGAGAACUGUCACUUCAGAAGUCCUUGGAUUUUGAGUCCUUUUCUGGCACAGAAGCAAUAUUCACUUUUUUAGUCGAAGCCUUUGAUAUCGAAGGAGCAAUGCCUCCAGGCCUUGCUACUGUCACUGUGAGAAUAAAGGAUAUGAAUGACUACUCCCCAAUAUUUAGCAAAACUCUGUACAAGGGCAUGGUUGCUCCCGAUGCAAUCAAAGGCACCGUUAUCACAACAGUGGAAGCAGAGGAUCAGGACCCUCCGGUAAGCAAAGAAAGGCCCCGCUACCACCAAAGGAGGAUGAGACUGAAAACAGCAAAAGUGAAAGUGGAUACAGUGACAGGCUAUGUAGAGCGCCACUCGACGGAGCUGCUGCCUGUAACGGAGCCAGGGAAACAGGCCAGCUUUGCUUCGUGGCAGCAGCACAAGCAGUUCUCCCCCAACCCGGCCUGUUUCCCCGGCUCCAUUACCAGCAGCAGCUCGCUCAUCACCUUCACCAAAAUACAGAGGCCCCAUACAGCCACCAUUGCCCCACAGACCUCGCUACCGCUGAAGGAGGGCGAGAUUGGAAACAGGAAAA